UUGACCUCAAGUCAAGCUAAGGUCGUUUUAGUCUAUCCGAUGUUCUGUUCUCCGGCCUCUUCCUUAAUUCUCCCUUCCAUUGUUAGACAAGGAGAAAGCUCAGCUCCUAUGGCUCAACCCUUUAUUCCUCGUUUAUUCUUUCUACUUCCCUUAAUCAUGGCCUUUUACUUUGCCCAUGGAGAAGAAGAUGAAUCGCCCCUAUCAAAUUGUCCCAAGCGAUUCACCUGUGGAAACAUCGAUUAUCUGCACUUCCCCUUCACUCCACACACGCACCCUCAUUGCGGCUUAGUGGUAGUAAAUUGCUAUACAACACCUCCCACAGUCCAGCUUGAAACCGAUGGAGAAUGGUAUCAGCUUCAGAAUGUGAAGCCCAAAACCAUCUUCCUUGAAGACUCGAAGCUUCAGAGACUCUUCCACCGCCAUGAUGGCUCAAUCUUAAACUACACCGUCCCAUUUCAGAAUUCUCCUUCCAUCACGUUCCGCUAUUCCAAAUCAAACACGACUUUUUUGCAAUGCAAUAAUAAUGGGAGUGUAGAUGAAGGUAGUAUCUGCAAUUAUGAGAGGCAUAGCAGCAACUGUAUUGAAGGUCUGAGUUUGUACUAUAAACGUCCAGAGAAUUAUGGGAGAUGUCGUAGUGUUCCUGCUAGCUGUGCUCUGUUGCCAACUCCAAUUAUUAUUAACAAAACAAAUGGUUUGGUAACUGCUCAAUUUGGAAUAGAUUUUGAAGUCUCAGAAGCUUGUUAUGAGUGUUACUAUGGAGGUGGUAGAUGCACAGUUGAUAUCCACAAUCAAUUUCAAUGUCAAAAAGGAAAAAGCACCAUGAGAACGAAAAUGCUUAAAGUAAUUCUAGUGACAGUUUUAAGCAGGACCACACUGAUCCUUACAUUCAUGUUCGUCCUACUACUCUGUAUUACCAAGAAGUUGUUCAUUUGUCCUUGCAAGGGCGAGACAACUAAAGUAAAGAACUAUCAAGAUGUACCAGAGUUUUCAAAAAGAGCCAUAGCCCCUUAUCCUUAAAAAAUUCUUUAAGAAUGGAUUUGAUCAAGGACUCAAGGAGGCUUUGACUCUAUAUAUGAAGGGAAGUUGCACAAUGGAAGCCUUGUGGCGGUUAAGGUUUUGAAGGAACUAAAAGCCCAUAGAGAAUAGUUGUUUUACCGUUGUAGAGUAUGACCUAUAUUGCAUAGUGAACCACAUUGAUACAUGUUAUUUUUAAUACAUUAUGGUUUGUUUUUACUGUAUUA